GCAAAUGACUUUAUUUGUACUCUCUCUCUCUUUUUUUUUUCUUCUUCUUCUUUUCAUUUCUUUUGAAUGCAUAAAAAUACAUAUACUUUUAGUCGCUAUAGUAUAAAGAAUAAAUAUGAAGAACCAGUAGAUUCAAACAGAGAAACAUCACUCUUACCACCACCAAGAUCCAAUACUGUUUACAUUCCUUCUAAUCCUCAUCGAUUAAAACGAGAUACGAUUAACAACAAAAGAAAACAUGAUGAUGACGACGACGAUAAUGACUUUCAAAAAGAUAGCCUAAUACGUUUUUCUAAACAUUCUAAUGACAUCCUUGUCCCCAGAUAUAAACGUAUUAAUUUUAAGGAAACCCGAAAAGAUUCCAUCAUUUCUGAAGAUACCCUCAACUUACCUGAAAAGAGAAGACGCACCGCCACCCGAUAUACAGAAACAGAAUCAACCCUCUUGGACAACUUCAAAAGGGCUCAAAGGGUACAGAGAGAGGAAGAAGAAAAGCCGCAAUGCCCCUAUUGCAGUGAAUUCUUGUUCCCAAUGACAGACGCAAUCGAACAUGCCCUCAAGGUGAUCAAGACAAAGGAUAAGGCCUAUGAGGAACGUCAUCAUGUGACAACUUCUUUUAAGGGCCAUGCUACCACCCUACGUCCAGUAUCAAGUAUGGAGAAGGAUGCAUUUUGUCGACUUCAUAAACUUGAAUUGGUCAUCAAACCUCAAGGGGCCAAAGAACAGUAUCCAUGUACCAUUCGCUUUCAUGAACUACCAGAGCGUAUUGUUAAAUACGAUAAAGAACUUCGUCAGAUCAUUAAAAAUAAAAUACCUAGUCAUUAUCGUCAAAUCGCUGAGGGGGCCUAUUUGAAAUUGGGAGAAAACAAAGCGCGUGGUACGAUGGGUAUGAUGCAUCACUUUGAGGCCAGUUUGCCCGGAUAUUAUGGUCCUCGUGGGGCUUCUGUCAUUCUAGAGACGCUCUCUAAAAUGUAUUUAGAGGAUUCAGAUGUGCUAAAGACACAGUUAAAGUCUCCGCAAUUACCGAUGGAGUUCUUACAACAAGUAUUAGUACCCGAAGUCGGUGUGCGGCUAAUACGGGAUGAUCUAUUUAAAAAGUAUGGUGUAAAACCAGAAAUGACAAGGAGAGCACAAGAAAUCAUAGAAGAAAGUCGAGAAUAUGGAAAUGCCAUGUUCCCAGUUGAAAAUCAAGAUAUUCAAGAUAAUAAUAAAAAGGCAAUUAACAGUGAUUCAUCAAUCACAAUUAACUUGAGUAAUAAUAAUGAAGAAGAAGAAGAAUAAUUUAUUUCUUUUCUUUUUUCUGUAUGCAUAUAAUAUUGCUGAAUAAAUACACAAAUAGUUAAUUUUUAUUUAUAUUUGACCAACAAAUCUAAUGAUGUUCAACAUUCUUGUGAUGUUCUAUUUAAAAAUCGUUAGUUCACAUAAAGACAUUUUUUUUUUUAAAAAAGAAAAAAAAAAACUUACUCAAGUGGA